AUUAUCCCAUAAUAUUAUCAAUAGUUGCAUCAGCAAAACUUGAAAUAAAAUUAUAAAAAUUCGUACAAUAGUUGAUAUCAGUAGAAAUAAAAUUGUUCAAUCAUACCGAGUGAACUUCUAACAGGGACUUUCACCAACUUAUCUGACUGUAUAACCUAAAUUCAUGAAGUUGUAACGUCGAGCGGGUUGGUGACCUUCAUUCAUUAUGAAGAUGCGUGCGUCGAGCAGAGAUGGAUAGUAGUCAGUAGUUCGUUCAUGUAACGAUACGUUUGGAGCCCAUCCACUUUCUAAAAAGCUAUCAGUGACUUUUACUAUAUAAACUGUCAAUUACAAAUAAGUAAAAUGGCUUUGGCUAAAGAAGAAAAAGAUUUAAAUUUUAUUCUAAAGAGUUUCAUUGCUGGAGGAGUGGCUGGAAUGUGUUCAAAAACAACUGUAGCUCCUUUAGAUAGAAUAAAAAUUCUUUUACAAGCUCAUAAUAAUCAUUACAAACAUUUAGGUGUUUUUUCUGGAAUAAAGCAUAUAGUACACCAAGAGACAUUCUUCGCUCUUUAUAAAGGAAAUUUUGCUCAAAUGAUAAGAAUAUUUCCAUAUGCAGCAACUCAAUAUACUUCUUUUGAAAUGUAUAAAAAGUAUAUAGGUGGUUUUUUUGGAGAAACAUCACACUUUGAUAAGUUUGUGGCUGGAUCAUGUGCUGGAGUUACUGCUGUAACACUUACGUAUCCUCUUGAUACAAUCAGAGCGAGAUUAGCAUUUCAAAUUUCUGGAAAACAUAUAUACACUGGUAUUGUGCAUACUGGUGUAUCAAUUUUCAAAGACGAAGGAGGAUUAACAGCAUUAUAUCGUGGAUUUUGGCCCACUAUUAUUGGAAUGAUCCCCUAUGGUGGAUGUUCAUUUUAUACGUUUGAAUAUCUUAAAUUCAUAUGUAUGAAAUAUGCACCUCACUAUCUAUGCGAGGAGUAUUCAAAAAAUACUGGUGGCCUCGUAUUAACGUUACCAGCCAAAUUACUUUGUGGGGGUAUUGCAGGAGCUGUAGCACAAAGCUUCUCCUAUCCACUAGACGUCACCAGAAGACGAAUGCAAUUAGCCAUGAUGGAUCCCGCUACACAUAAAUACGGAUCGAACAUGUUAUCAACAUUGAAACUGAUCUACUUAGAAAAUGGAAUAGUCAAAGGACUCUACCGAGGGAUGAGUAUCAAUUAUCUACGAGCUAUUCCUAUGGUUUCUGUAAGCUUUACAGUUUAUGAAAUAACGAAACAAAUACUAGGACUGGAUACAGGAUUGAAAAUUUCAUAAAAGAAUAGUUAAAUAAUGUAUAUUUAUGUAGAUGCAGUUAUCUUUUUUUUUAAUGAGGUGCAUUUUUAAAGACACUUUUUUUGGGUUGGAGAAACUAAAUCUUUUGUACCUCAAUAAUUUAUAUAUAUUGUAACAUAGCAUUUGAAAAAUAUAUAUAAACAUAAUAUGUAUAUAUAUAUAUAUAUAUAUAUUUUUAUGAAAAAGAUUUAAAACACAUUGUUGAUGAAUUCAGAUUAUAUAAAAUCAUUGAAACCAAGGGAACAAGUAGUAGUGAAUAAAUGUAUGAAUUAUCACUGUCUGUAUUAUAAAUGGUAUUGGAUAGAAAAAAUAGAUAAAAGUAUUUUUA